GAGAAAGACCAGACUCAGAAGAACCAGAGCCAGGGAUGUCCAAACCAUCAAGAAGACACCAGUGCUCUGACUGUGGAAAGGGUUGUAACAGGUUAGGGGCCCUGAAACAACAUGAGAGAAUACACACAGGGGAGACGCCUUACCACUGCUCCCACUGUGGCAAGUGUUUUAAGCGGUUAGGGAAUCUGAAAGGCCACGAAAGAAUACACACAGGGGAGAAGCCUUACCACUGCUCCCACUGUGGCAAGUGUUUUAAGCGGUUAGGGAAUCUGAGAGUCCACGAAAGAAUACACACAGGGGAGAAGCCUUACCACUGCUCCCAGUGUGGAAAGUGUUUCAGCCGGUCACAAAUCCUGAAAGCCCAUGAGCUAGUACAUACAGGGGAGAAGCCUUACCAUUGCUCCCACUGUGGCAAGUGUUUUAAGCAGUUACGGAAUCUGAAAGGCCAUGAAAGAAUACAUACAGAGGAGAAGCCUUACCACUGCUCCCAGUGUGGCAAGUGUUUCAACCAUUCAGGGAAUCUGAAAGACCAUGAAAGAAUACACACCGGGGAGAAGCCUUACCACUGCUCCCAGUGUGGAAAGUGUUUUAAGCGGUUAUUGAGCCUGAAACGACACGGGCCAGUACACACAGGGGAGAAGCCUUACCACUGCUCCCAGUGUGGAAAGUGUUUUAAGCGGUUAUUGAGCCUGAAACGACACGGGCUAGUACACACAGGGGAGAAGCCUUACCACUGCUCCCAGUGUGGGAAGUGUUUUAAGCGGUUAGGGAGCCUGAAACGACACGGGCUAGUACACACAGGGGAGAAGCCAUACCACUGCUCCCAGUGUGGGAAGUGUUUCAGCCGUUCAGGAAUCCUGAAAGCCCAUGAGCUAUUACAUACAGGGGAGAAGCCUUACCACUGCUCCCAGUGUGGAAGGAGUUUUUACCAUAAAAACAGCCUGAACCAACAUGAGAAAAUACACAGAUGGGAGAUUCAUUACCACUCCCUCCCGGAGUGCAAAGCUUUUGCCCAUUUACGAAGCCUGAAAGAGCAUGACACAGAGGAGAAGUCUUACAGAAGGUUAGACUUUGGGAAAACAUAUUACUCAUAAUCACUUAAAUGUCAUUAGAGAAUCCACACAGGAGAGAGAAAUUACUACUCUUAGCGUGUAUAUUGAUAUUUCACAUCUCAUUUUUCUUACAAUUCAUCAGAGAACAUACACAGUGCUCCCGUUGUCUUAUAUUGUUGCCUAUAAUGUGUUGACCUGUUUUUACCAGAUGAAAUUGUUUUUUGUAAAGUUAGUGUGGGAGAGGUGGAAAAAUUGUUAUCGAUCAAUAAUGACAAACCUCCUGGCAUUGACAACUUAGGUGGAAAGCUACUGAGGACAGUAGGAGUGGCUAUAGAGUCAGCUAUCUGACAUAUUUUAAAUAUGAGCCUAGAGGAAGGUCUUUGUUCUCUUGCCUGGAGGGAAGCCAAAUUAAUCCACUACCCAAGAGUGGUAAAGCGGCCUUUACUGGUUCUAACAGCAGACCUAUAAGAUUGCUGCAAGCUC